AUGGCUGAAGCACUUCCAGACUAUCCUGACUCAGAUUUCUCUGAUGAUGACCAGUCACCUUUGGACAUAUCCUUUAAUGAAGCUGCAGAUCAUAUGAAGAAGUUGGCUAGUAGUUUAGACAAUAACCAAUUAUUGGAACUUUAUAGUCUUUACAAGCAAGGCACUGAAGGUAAAUGUAAUAUACCCAAGCCUGGAUGGCUAGACGGCCGUGGCCGCAGAAAGUGGGAUGCUUGGAAAUCUCUCGGAGACCUACCUAGUGAUGUGGCUAAAGAAAAAUAUAUUGCCUUAGUUCAAAAGUAUGCACCAGAACUAACCGAUCUUAAUGUUAAUAAUGAAACGGGGGCAAAAGAAGCCUGGGUGGCUGUCUCAUCUUUAUGUAGAACUGAAGAAGAACCUGACCUUGUCUAUAGUGAGUUAUCAAUAUUGGAUGCGGCUCGCGAGGAUUAUGCGGACCGUGUUGCAGAGCUUUUAGCUGAACACCCUGAGCUACGUCACGAUCGGGAUGAAGAUGGACUAACUGCACUACACUGGGCUGCAGACCGAAAUGCGACAAGGGCUUUACAGGCUGCUUUAGACGGAGGAUGUCCAGUUGACAGUGUGGAUGAGUGUGGUCAAACUGCCUUACACUAUGCUGCUUCCUGUGGGCAUAUUGAGUCAACCAAGAUUUUAUUAAAAGCUGGCGCAUCUAUUUUGAAGGACGCUGAUGACUGUUCACCAUUAGACAUAGCAUCUGAUGAUGAGAUAAAGAAAGUUCUGGAAGGUGCUAUAUAG